AGUUAUUGCUCGAGUCGCCGGAGUUCUGGGACCAUGACUCUCGCCGCCGUCGCCACCGCCCGCGGCGACGAGCCGAGGCCAUGCCCCCUUGGACGUCGGGCACCCAGCCCCUCCGCUGGGGUGCGGAGGACGGCCCUGGAGUCCUGGCCGCCGUGCGCGCCCUGAUCCUGCCAGAGGUGUUCUGCGACGCCUGCGCCCAGGACGACGGCUGCAGGGCCGACGAGAAGAAGAGCGUCCCUGGCAUACUCGUCGAAAACACCCUGGAGGAGGAGGAGGUCGGAGCCGCGGGGCCCGCCCCCGCCGCGAGUGAAUGCGGCGGGCGUGCAGCUGCGCUCCAGCCUGGGACAGCUGGCCGCUCGUGCUCCGGCCCGAGCCGCGCGCCGCGGCCAGAGAGGGCGCAGGCGGGGCAGGGCGACGCGGCGGGAGUGACGCUCGAGCGCCGCGAGGCGCGCCCAGCGGGGCAGGGUGCGACCUACGAGGGGCAGUGGUGGGGCAGCGCGUGGCACGGCCAGGGGACGCUGAGGAGCGCCGAGGGCAGGAUAACGUACGAGGGCAGCUUCGUCGACGGCCAGGUGCAUGGCGACGGGAGCCUCAGAGCCGCCGACGGCAGCGCCUACCAGGGGCAGUGGAGGCGCGGCCAGAGGGAUGGCCACGGCAGGUAUCAGCAGCCUGGCGGAAGUACUUUCGAGGGUGAGUGGGUCGGGGACGCGAAGGAAGGGCAUGGCGUCGAAACCUUCGAAGACGGGGCCCGGUACGUGGGGCAGUUCGCAGGUGGCCUCAAGCACGGCAACGGCGAGUACACAUCUAGCACGGGCGCGUGCUACAGGGGCCAGUUCAGCUCUGACAAGAUGCACGGCGAGGGUUCCUACAGUUUCGCAGACGGCCGAAAGUACAGCGGCCAGUGGGAGGGAAGCCGACUGCACGGGCUCGGGAGGAUGGAGUGGCCGAGCGGAGUCGUCUUCAUCGGCAGCUACCAGGACAACCUGAAGCACGGCCAAGGCCGCCUUGAGUGGCCGAGCAGCCGCGAGUUCAGGGGCGAGUGGCUGAACGGGCGCGCCGUGGGCGAGGGCGUGAUCGUCGAGCCCGACGGCAGAGAGGCCGUGGUCGCCGCGAGUGCGGUCUUCGAUGGCACCGCGGCCCCCGAGCUCCGGGCCUGACGCGCCCGCGCACCCGCGAUGAGCGGAGACGAUCACGGGGCCGAGCUCGACACAGCAGGAAUCAGGACCACGAUGCAGUAGGAGCCCCGGCGCGUAUGGUCCCCGUCGCAUCCCGUCGCGCUGCCGCGCACAUCCGACUUGGCGGAUUGCAGAAGGGGAUGGGGGGUGGUGGGAUUCCGUGGACCCGUCGUUUACGAGCGUCUCCUAGGCAUCCGUUGGGCUGGGUGCUGGUUCUUGCUUCUCGUGCCAGGAGCAACAGCUUCUCCAGCCGGCAGCUGCGUGCCACCACCCUCGAGGAGGGGAUCCACUCGACCUCGCGAGCCGCAAGUGUGGCCGCACGCAGCUGCUCGGGCCACCACCGGGGGCGCGAAGGCACACGCGUUCCCUGGACGGCGACUGCUGGACCGAAGACCUCGGGGCGCGGGACCGCGCGACGGGCCCGUCCUCGGCGAGCCGUUGGUGCCUGCUGCUGGUCGGCUCUCCCCCGCGCGUGGCCGAGAAAUAUCCACCGCUGCAGUCAGGAGGCCCCCGUCGCAGACUUGGAGGCGCUGAGCCUCGAUGGCGGGCAGAUGGCCAGGUGCGGUCGGGUCUGAUCAGCAGGCCGGCG